AUGCUCCUUCUCUCUCUCUCUCUCUCUCUCUCUCACACACACACACAACUCAUGCGCGCUCGCGUCAUUAAAGUCUUCUUAUUCAUUUUCUAUAAUCGACUGCGUCUUAGCUUCGGAUUCUCCUUAUACUACUACUACUACUACUGCUUUAUCUUCUUCUUCUUCUUCUUCUUCUUCUUCUUCUUCUUCUUCUUCUUCUUCUUCUUCUUCUUCACACUCUCUAACGCUCUAUUAUCCAUUCCUUCCCAAUCUACGCUUCUUCUUCUUCUUCUUCUUCUUUUAUCGCUUCUUCUUCUUCUUCUUCUUCACAUUUUCACCCUCUUUUACCUUUUAUAUUUCUCCCUUUUCGAUACUAUAUACGUUUUGCCUAUUCUUUAUCUACUUCUUUUACCUAUUUUAUCUCUUUCAUUUCGCUCUAUAACUUUGGCUUAUUCUUCUUGCUUCACCCUCGCUCUUACCUAUUCUAUUCUUCCCUUACCUGCCUGUACUAUGGACUUUUUCUCCUUGUUCUUCAUCUAUCAUUGCCUGAACCAACAUGUCUUACUUUACCCAAUAUCCCUUCUUUCUUCCUCAUUUAUUAUUUUAGGCACAAUCUCCCUCCAUCCAUUUGACAUUCCCAAUGAAAUAUUUCCUCGUCCUUCUUCUGUUCGUUCGUUCGUUCGUUCUUCUUCUUCUUCUUCUUCUUCUUCUUCUUCUCCCCAGUUCCGUCUUUUUAUUCUUUUACUUCUUCUCCUCCCCUUCCUGCUCCUCUUCUUUCCAUUUUUUUCUUUUUACUUCUCUUCUUUUUUCCUCCUCCUUCUUCUUCUCCAUUCUCCAUCUUCCUUCCUUUCCUUCUUCCUUCCACUCCUCAUUCUUUUCUUCUGUUCGUUCCUCCUCCUCCUUCCUUUUCUCCUCUUUUUCUCUUCCAUUUUUAUUCUUCUUUUUCUUCAUUCUUCUUCCCUCCCUCUUCCAUCCUUCUUCUUCUUCUCUUCUCCUUCUUUGUCCUCCUCCUUUUUCACCCUGUUCUUUCCUCCCUUCUUUCUUUCCUUCCUUCCUUCCUUCCUUCUUCUUUUUCUUCUUCUUCUUCUUCAUUUGUUUUUCUUCUGUUUAUCAUUCUAUUUUCUUCUUUUCUUCAUUCUUCUUCUAUUCGUUCUUCCAUUCUUCCAUUCUUUCUAUCAUUCGUUCAUUCUUCUUCUGUUCGUUCUUCAAUUAUUCUGUUCUAUCAUUCGUCCAUUCUUCUUCUGUUCGUUCUUCCAUUCUUCUGUUCUAUCAUUCGUUUAUCCAUUCUUCUUCUUCUUUCGUUCUUCCAUUAUUCUGUUCUAUCAUUCGUUCAUUCUUUCUUCUUCUUCGUUCUUUCCAUUCUUCUGUUCUAUCAUUCGUUCAUUCUUCUUCUGUUCGUUCUUCCAUUCUUCUGUUCUAUCAUUCGUUCAUUCUUCUUCUGUUUGUUCUUCCAUUCUUCUGUUCUAUCAUUCGUCCAUUCUUCUUCUGUUCGUUCUUCCAUUCUUCUGUUCUAUCAUUCGUCCAUUCUUCUUCUGUUCGUUCUUCCAUUCUUCUUCUAUUCUAUCAUUCUUCUCCAUUCUUCUUCUUCUUCUGUUCGUUCUUCCAUCUUCCAUUCUUCUGUUCUAUCAUUCUUCUUCUGUUCAUUCUUCUUCUUCUGUUCGUUCUUCCAUUCUUCUGUUCUAUCAUUCGUUCAUUCUUCUUCUGUUCGUUCUUCCAUUCUUCUGUUCUAUCAUUCGUCCAUUCUUCUUCUGUUCGUUCUUCCAUUCUUCUGUUCUAUCAUUCGUUCAUUCUUCUUCCAUUCUUCUGUUCGUUCUUCCAUUCUUCUUCUGUUCUAUCAUUCGUCCUUCAUUCUUUCUUCUGUUCGUUCUUCCAUUCUUCUGUUCUAUCAUUCGUCCAUUCUUCUUCUGUUCCAUUUCUUCUUCCAUUCUUCUGUUCUAUCAUUCUUCUCAUUCUUCUUUUCUUCUGUUCUUCCAUUCUUCUAUUCUUCUUCAUUCGUUCCUUCUUCAAUUUCUUGGUUUUAUUUUUUCUUCUGUUCGUUUCUUCCAUUCUUCUGUUCUAUCAUUCGUUCAUUCUUCUGUUCGUUCUUCAAUUAUUCUGUUCUUCUUCUUCUGUUCGUUUGUUCUUCCAUUCGUUCAUUCUUCUUCUGUUCGUUCUUCCAUUCUUCUGUUCUAUCAUUCUUCUUCUUCUUCUGUUCGUUCUUCAUUCUUCUAUGUUCUAUCAUUCGUUCAUUCUUCUUCUGUUUGUUCUUCCAUUCUUCUGUUCUAUCAUUCGUUCAUUCUUCUUCUGUUCGUUCUUCCAUUCUUUCUAUCAUUCGUUCAUCUUUUCUUCCAUUCUUCCAUUCUUCUGUUCUAUUUCGUCCAUCUUCUUCUCUUCUGUUCUAUCAAUUCGUUCAUUCUUCUUCUUCAUUCUUCUUCUGUUCGUUCUUCCAUUCUUCUGUUCUAUCAUUCGUUCAUUCUUCUUCUGUUCGUUCUUCCAUUCUUCUGUUCUAUCAUUCGUUCAUUCUUCUUCUGUUCGUUCUUCAAUUCUUCUGUUCUAUCAUUCGUCCAUUCUUCUUCUGUUCGUUCUUACAUUCUUCUGUUCUAUCAUUCGUUCAUUCUUCUUCUGUUUGUUCUUCCAUUCUUCUGUUCUAUCAUUCGUUCAUUCUUCUUCUGUUCGUUCUUCCAUUCUUCUGUUCUAUCAUUCGUUCAUUCUUCUUCUGUUUGUUCUUCCAUUCUUCUGUUCUAUCAUUCUUCCAUUCUUCUUCUGUUCGUUCUUCCAUUCUUCUGUUCUUCCAUUCUUCUGUUUCUUCCUUCUUCUGUUCUAUCAUUCGUUCAUUCUUCUUCUGUUUGUUCUUCCAUUCUUCUGUUCUCAUCAUUCGUUCAUUCUUCUUCUGUUCGUUCUUCCAUUCUUCAUUCUAUCAUCUUCUGUUCUUCCAUUUCUUCUUCUUCUUCUGUUCUUCUCCAUUCUUCUUCUUCUUCUGUUCGUUCUUCAUUCUUCUAUCAUUCGUUCAUUCUUCUUCUGUUCGUUCUUCCAUUCUUCUGUUCUAUCAUUCGUCCAUUCUUCUUCUGUUCGUUCUUCCAUUCUUCUGUUCUAUCAUUCGUCCAUUCUUCUUCUUCUGUUCGUUCAUUCUUCUUCUUUUUCUUCUUCCAUUCGUUCUUUUCUUCUUUUUAUCAUUUCUUCUUCUUCUGUUUGUUCUUUCCAUUUUUUCUUCAUUCGUUUUUCUUCUUUUCUUUCUUUUCUUCUGUUUAUCAUUCGUCCAUUUUUUCUGUUCUUUGUUCCUUUUUUUCGUUCUUCUUUCCCAGUUUGUUCGUUCGUUCUUCUUCUAACUCUUCUUUCUUUCAUUUUUCUCUUGUUCGUGCGUUUCGUUUACUCAUUCUUCCUCUUCUAUCAUUCGUUCAUUCUUCUGCUUCUUCUUCUUUUCUGUUCUGCUUCAUUCGUUCAUUCUUCUUUCGUUCUUUUUUUUAUUCGUCCAAUUGUUUUUCUGUUCUUCUGUUGUUCAUUCUUUUCUGUUCGUUAUUUCCUUCUGUUCGUUUCUUUGUUGUUCUUCUUCUUCUUUUCUUCUUUUUUUCUUCUCGUUCUUUGUUCUUCUUCUUCUUUUUUCAUUUUUCUUUUCGUGCCGUUUACUCAUGUCCUCUUCUAGUGGCUCUUAUAUUCUGCUUCUUCUUCUGUUUCUCCUUUUUUGUUUCUCAUUGUUGUUGUUGUUGUUCUUCUUCUUUCUAUUUCUCUCUUCUUCUCUCUCUCUCUCUCUCUCUCCUUCCAUGUGUCAUAGGACUUUCUUUUCUUUAUAUGUCAUUUCUCUUUUUCUUUUUUUUACUCUUUCUCUUCUUUCUUUCAAAAAAAGUCUCCUUUUCCGUCGUCUCUCUCUUCAUCACGUCACUAAACUCUCCGCAUGAAUCCAAUUACAUAUAA